AUGAGUUCGAAGAAGCACCUUCCGUUGGAAUACCAUUCGCAGGGGAAGAACAAAAAUCGUCAAAAACAGCCCGUACUCAGACAUGGUACAAUUCCCAGUGCUAGUUCCUCUGCUACUAUGGAUGAUGAAAAAUAUUACGAAUAUAGUUCUGAAGAAAUGAGGGAGGUCGAGAAUGAGGGUAAUGAAGAGAUAAAGAAACUGAAGAAAUAUAUGGAAGAAUAUGUUUCUGAGCAAAUAGAGAAGAUUGAGAAUGGGGAGAAAGAAGAGGUGAUGAAACUAAAGAAGAAUACUGAAAAAUAUGUUUCUAAACAAAUGGAGAAGAUUGAGAAUGGGAGAAUUGAAGAAAUGAUGAAAAUGAAAAAAUAUAUGGAAGAAUAUGUUUCUGAGCAAAUAGAAAAGACUGCGAAUGGGAGAAAUGAAGAGAUAAAAAAACUUCAGAAAUGUGUUGAAGAACAUAUUUCUGAGCAAAUGGGGAAGAUAGAGAAUGGAAGAAAUGAAGAGAUAAAGAAACUUCAGAAAUAUGUGGAAGAAUUCCUGAAUAAAGAUCCCCAGCACAUGAAAGACAGAAAGAGUCAGGCUUCAAGACCCGAAGCAAGGCAGCUGCGUCACAAGGUCAUAGACGGACCUCUCUUGAAUGAGAAUGAGAUGGCCAUGGACAAUCAAUUCCCAAUAGAUCAGUGCUAUGAUGGCAGUACAAGGACAAAAUAUGGCAGUGGAAAUGUCAAGAUGAUGUUAGAAGAUAUCCCCGCCACCAGGGGACACCUUGCGAUAAAAGUCGUUGAACAG